GAAAAUGACCAAGUCUCACCAGCCACAGGGGAGCGGUAGAGGACAUCAUAUACAUGAUUUGGCAUUCUCCACAAAUAGAAAUCAACUGAAUUUUCAAUGAAAAUAUUUCUUGACAUUAGGACAAAAAGAAAUUCAUUUUGGGGGAUCUUCUAUAGAUGAUGUCCUGACCUAUACUUCUGCAUAAAUAUUUCAGAUUUUUUGUGGUUGUGUCUUUAAAUAUUUUUUUUAGAAGGCAGUUAGCAUAAUGUUAGAGCUGAACUCCAUAAGCAUUAUUCUUCGGGGAACUAAGGUAUAGUUUAUCCAGAGAUAAAACCUAGAUAAGAUGGAAUGAUGAGUAUCUAUUUGUCUCCAAAGUAAUUAUUUCUCUCAGAUAGGCAGUUCUUUACUUAAAAUUCGUGGCAAACACUUGGGAGCACAGGGGUCUCUGAUUCUCCAUAGCCUUUGCUAUGGUCUCAGGGUUUGUGAGGCAACUCCCCAACAGAAUGCCGGUUUUUGGUCCAGUUUUUUCAAUUUAUAAUUCAGGCCAGGACUAUUUUUUGUCCUGGCCUGAAUUAUCCCUACUUGGUAAAAACAUUUUAAAAAACAUAAAAAAUAAAAAUUAUGAAGUGAAAGGGACCCGAACAUUCCCUUUCUCCUGGGAUAACCACUAUUAAUAAUUUGUGAUGCUUAGAUUUUUCUCCAUCUGGAAAUUAUUUGUUCUCUUGUUUUUAAAACAUAAAGUCUCAACUUUAUUAUUUAACUAAUUGACUAUCCAGUUUUCCCAAAACCAUUUGUUGAAUAAUUUAUUUGAAAUGCUGCCUUUAAAAGAAUUGCCAUUUGUGAUUAAGUCUCUUUUGCUCUUCUGUUCUUUUGAUGUGUUUGACUCUUUUUGCUAAAGACAGAAUUUUACAUCAUUUUUCUGAAUAGGCAUGAUGUAGAACUGGGCAUAUGGUUUGGCAUGCUAUGGUAAAAAUAAGACUGAUCACUUCAGAUUGAACAGGAGCAUGCUGUUAUAGGGUCCAUUGUCAUUUGAGGAUGUGGCUAUAGCUUUCACCAAGGAGGAAUGGCAGCAACUGGACCCUGCUCAGAGGACCCUGUACAGAGAUGUGAUGCUGGAGAACUUCAGCCACCUAGUCUCAUUGGGGCAUCCAGUGUCCAAACCAGAUAUCAUCUCCAAGUUGGAACAAGGAGAAGAACCAUGGAUCAUAAAGAGAGACAUAUCAGAUUGGAUCUGUCCAGAGAGGGAGACUAGACUUGAAAAUCCUCAAUUGGACAUACUUGAAGGUGUUUCCUUCCCUAAGGAGAUAUUGGAAGGUGUAACAAGAGAUCAUUCAUUGUACUCCAUUUUUAAGGAAUGGCAGGAUGAUGACCAGCUGGAGAGAGAUCAGGAAAAUGACGACAGACUUCUCAGGCAAGUCAUGGCCAUCAAAAACAAAACAGUUGUUGAAGAAUCAGGCUAUUCAUAUAAGGCAUUAGGAAAAAUGUUUCAUGACUACACAGACCUAGAUGCUUCAGGACAAGGACGGUAUACAUGUGACUCAUUUGAAAAGAGCUUGGAACCUAAUAUAAACUUACUCAGUUGUAAUAGGGGUUAUGCAAGAAAAAACACUGGUGAGAAUUUUAGAUGUGGGAGUACAUCUAUUUCUUCCUAUUCUAAGCAUGAAAAAAUUCAUAAUGGAGUGAAACACUGUGAAGAUAGUCAGUGUGGAAAGAUUAUCAGCAAUAAACAAUCUCUUAUUCAAUAUGUGAAUGUUGAAAGUGGAGAGAAGACCUGUGUAUGCAUUGAAUGUGGAAAAUCUUUUCUAAAAAAGUCACAACUCAUAAUACAUCAAAGAAUUCAUACUGGAGAGAAACCAUAUGAUUGUGGUGCAUGUGGGAAAGCCUUCAGUGAGAAGUCACAUCUCAUUGUACAUCAGAGAACUCAUACUGGGGAGAAACCUUAUGAAUGUGCUGAAUGUGGAAAAGCCUUCUCUCAGAAAUCAUCCCUCAUUAUACAUCAGAGAGUUCAUUCUGGGGAAAAACCAUAUGAGUGCAGUGAAUGUGGGAAAGCCUUCUCCCAGAAAUCACCCCUCAUUAUACAUCAGAGAAUUCACACUGGAGAGAAACCUUAUGAAUGUAAUCAGUGUGGGAAGGCCUUCUCCCAGAAGUCACAGCUGAUAAUACAUCAUAGAGCUCAUACUGGAGAGAAGCCAUAUGAAUGUACUGAAUGUGGGAAAGCCUUCUGUGAGAAGUCCCACCUCAUUAUUCAUAAAAGAAUUCAUACUGGGGAGAAACCGUACAAAUGUGCUCAAUGUGAGGAAGCCUUCAGCAGGAAGUCAGAACUCAUUAUACAUCAGAUAAUUCAUACUGGGGAGAAACCUUAUGAAUGUACUGAAUGUGGAAAGACCUUCUCCCGGAAGUCACAGCUCAUCAUACAUCAGAGAACGCAUACUGGAGAGAAACCCUAUAAAUGCAGUGAAUGCGGAAAAGCCUUCUGUCAGCAGUCACAUCUCAUUGGACAUCAGAGAAUUCACACAGGAGAAAAACCUUACGUAUGCAGUGAAUGUGGGAAAGCCUUCUCUCAGAAGUCCCACCUCCCAGGGCAUCAGCGCAUUCAUACAGGAGAGAAACCUUACGUAUGUGCUGAAUGUGGAAAGGCCUUUUCCCAGAAGUCAGACCUUGUUGUACAUCGGAGAAUUCAUACUGGGGAGAGACCCUAUCGGUGUGCUGUAUGUGGGAAAGCAUUCAUUCAAAAGUCACAACUCACUGUGCACCAGAGAAUUCAUGCAGUGGUAAAAUCAUAAGAAUGGACUAAGCACAGAAGAGUCUUCAGUAUCUGCUCAAGCCUUAAUAAGUAACACAAAACCCAUGAAUUUCAAUGAGUUUGGGGGCAUCUUUACUGAUAAAAUUUUAGAAGUGAAAUAAACUUCCUAAUGUAUGCAAUUUUUUUUAUCAGAGAUAAUACAUCUGUUAUAUAAAUAAUGGGCAUUUUCGCUAUGGCAUGUAAAACUUUUGAGAUUGUGAACUGAAUGAUUAAUAUACAAGUUACAUACAUAGUUUAUUUUGAAGUUAUGUAUUUAUGAUUAUGUUACAUAAUAAGAAUUGGACAUGUGAGAAUAUUGUUACUGUUAACUUAGCAUAAUUUAUAGCUGUGCAGUAAUUCCCCAUAGAGGACAUGAAGAAAGCUUGAGUCAAAAGAUGCCAUGACCUAGAAACUGUGCCUGGGGGAAGGAUUUGUUUGUUACCCCUAAGGGUAUCUGUAAAAUUAUUCUUGUAGAUAGAUGGAAAGAUGGGUUGAUAAGGUCCAAUAAAUCUGGUCUCUUUGUUUGUUUGUUUCAUUUCAAGAAUAUAAGUUGAUCUGUGUCAGUGGAUGGACCCAGGAUCUUGGAAUUGACACUUCUUGCUAUUUGCUUUUACUCCUCCCCUCUAGGAACUUGGUGUGAUGAAAAGACGUAGAUAGCCAUGGGUUUUAAUGCUUAUUCCAGCACUCACCAAUUUUGUAACUUCAGGGAAACCUUUUUUCAUCCACAGUAUCUGUUCCCUGAUCUAUAUAUAAAAUUCUGGCAGAGACAUGUUUUUAGCUCAUAUUUGUCCCCUUUAUCUUCCCUUUCUGUUCUUUUGAAGGAGGUUGCUAAUACCCAGGUGUACACCUUUAAACUUGAUUUGCAUUCCAGACACUGUGUUUCUGAUUCUCCUGAUUUCCUUUUCUGUCUUUUUUCCAUUAACACUGCCCUUGUGUCUGGUGGCCUAACUCAUACGUUAUGGAGACCUCACUUUUUAUUUUGCAAACACAUGUAUGUUAUGGUGCUUGCACAUAAAGACCCUGUAUGAUGCCAUCACAGAUCCUGUUUUACACUUUCCCAAAAGCACCAAUUCUUUUCCUGAGAAUUGAGUGGCCCUCAGAGAAAAAUCCAUAGGGAAUGUGGAAGACAUGCCUGGGAUAGCCUACAUGGGCAGGUAUGAAUCCUACCUGCUAUCUCUAAAAUGUUUCUGUAUUCUUCGUUGUGGGCCCAACCCUUCUCCAUAAGAAUCUUUAGGAAAGCAUCUUGAUGGGGAGAAGUCAUAUGUAGCAGGGAUGUAGUGACCUGUGUGGCUAAAUAUGGUUUCUGCCAGAAAGUUCCUACUUGAUUCCUUCAUAUGUCCUUCUUAGCUGACUGUUUCUCUGUAGGGCACCACCAGUGUUUACUCUGAGAAGUGAGACUCUGUAUGGGAACCUCUGCAGAGGACAUAGCAUACCUCAUAAAGAUAUGCAAAUGUGUGUGAGAAAAUUCUUUGUGUCAUUGUAAACAGUUAUUUAUACUGGAUAUAAUUGGCCAUUUGGACCUGGGAAAUAAAACCUUCAGGUAUGUACCAUGGAGUGAUCUGCUUUGAGAGGUCUUGAUGGAAAUUGGCCCUACCUGGCCCUUACUAUGGAAGCAUGGGAAAAUCAGGGUCUCUCAGGAACAUACAGAAAUGUGAGAAGGAAAUGAUAAUAUAGUAACACUUACAGAAAUUAUGUAAGGAAAAUAAGGACUCGAGUUCUUAUCUUCUCAUGGGCCUUCCAUUUUGCCUUUUCACCUUCCAGGAAACCUCACUGAUCUGAUCAUGACAUAAUAUGUACUAUAUAUUGCCAUAAAAUAUAGCAAAAUCUAAUACUUAUUGGUGUAUAGAAAAUUAUUCCUCUAAAGUCUGGAAAAAAGAAUGCCUAUUUUCACCAGUUUUAUUCAACAUUGCAUUGAAAGACCUAGUCAGGAAAAUCAGGCAAGAAAAAAUUGGUAUAAUUGAUUAGAAAGUAAUAAAACAUUAUUUGUUGAUAAAAUUAUGUGCAUAAGAUGAAAAUGUAUAGGUUAAUUAUUAGAAAUAGGAAGUAACAAUGUUUCUGUAUAUAAAGUUUUCAAAAAUAAAGCUUAUGCAAUAGAUAUAAAAUGAAAAUUUAAGGAUAUCAGUUACAGUGGCAUGAAAAAUACAUCAUGUCUAGAAAUGUGUAUUUCCAGUACUAUGUUGAAUAGAAGUGGCAAGAAUGGGCAUCCUUGCAUUGUUCCUGAUAUUAGAGGAAAAGCUUUCUUCACCACUGAUUAUGAUGUUAGCUCUGAGCAUGCCAUAUAUUGCCUUCAUUAUGUGGAAGUACGUUCUUUCUGUGACUAAUUUUUUGAGAAUUUUUAUCAUGAAAGGAUGUUGAAUUUUUGACAAUUUUUCUGCAAAGUGUUGAGAUGAUUUUUUUUAUCCUUUAUUCUGUUAAUGUGGUGAUUACCUCUAUCAAUUUGUAUAUGUUAAAACAUGCUUGCAUCCCAGGUAUAAAUCACAUGAUCAUGGUGUAUGACCCUUUAAACGUGCAGUUGAAUUCUGUGUCCUUAUAUUUUGUUGAGAAUUUGCAUUUAUAUUCAUCAGGAAUGUUGGGCUUUUCUUGUAGUGCCCUUAUCUGGCUUUGGUGUCAGAGUAAUGCUGACCUUGUAAAAUGAGUUUGGGA